AUGAAUCUCGGUUCAUGGGCGAAGGCGCUCGAAAAGGCCGUGGACAAGAGUCUCGGCAUCGACACCUCGCAGGCAGACUCCGCGCUAGCUGCCUCAAGCAGGGAGGAGGGGUCGUUUGUGGACACGGCCUUUGGGAAGGAGAACGCGCAGAAGCUGAAAGGAACGUCACAGAAGUGGGUGGAUAAGGUGGUGACAACGGCAGCCAAAGGGCAGCCGAAGAUUCCGAUCCCUGAUGAUUUCCUUGGAGACCUUGGCUUCCUCAACGCCAAGACUGGGCCCAAGAAGGGGAGGGAGGGAGGGGAGGACAAGGAGGAGAACGGAGGAGAGAAGGGUGAGCAUCAUGGCUCUGAGGUGUCCAGGCAGGCAAGGAGCUCAGCAGGAGGCAGGUCGACGCGGCUCCAAGCUGACAAGGUUAGAAUGGACAUCGACGAGGAUUUCUUCAAGCUGUUGAAUGCGCCGAAACAAAGAGAUUCGGCUUCCGAGGACGCGGUCAAGCAAGGAGCAGUGCCUGCGGGGGAGGAGGCGAAGUCAACGACACGUGGGGGAGCGAUGAGCAUGGGGAGGGGGGCAGUCCCAGUGGAGACCGUCGAUGACGGGGGUUGGAAGGAUGUGCCCCUGUUGGAUGGGAAGGAUCAGGAUCGGGCUCCAUCGGGAGCGACGGAUAGCAAGCAGAUUGAAGCUCCUGCGACAAGCCCGCUGACGUCCUCCUUCCCUCCACAUGACUCGGACACUUCUGUCGUGCCAAGGGGCAACACUGAGGUGGAGGUGGAGCAGGAGGCGCACGGGGGGGAAGGGGAGGGAGGAGGGAAUGAGGAGGAGACAGAGGGAUUGAUGGAAGAAGUUCAGACUCAGUCAGCCACUCGCCAAGAGGACUCGCUGGUGAGCUCGGACUUGGAGGCUGUCAGCGGUCGUCAGGAGGAGAGGGAGGAGGAUGAAGCGCAACAAGCGCAGCAGUCAGGAGGUUUCGACUCGCCGAAAGUUGAAGAGCCCCAGGAGAAUUGUGCGACCGCACGAAUUCAGGAGAACAAUGAGCAGGAGCAGGAGCAGGAGCAGGAGCAGGAGCAGGAGCAGGAGCAGGAGCAGGAGCAGGACGAGCAUCAGGAGCAGCAGCAUGAGCGGCAGCAGCAACAGGAGCAGCAGCAGCAGCAGCAACAGGAGCAGGAGCAGGAGCAGGAGCAGGAGGAGCGACGUCUACAAGUUGACAAGCCAGCUGGAAAGGAGCAGGAGCAGCAACCAGCUCGGGAGCUGCCGCCGAGCAAUCAGCCAGCAGCUGACAAGGCUGCAGAGGCAGUAGCCGAGGUCAGCUCGCCCCCAGCUCAGGUGCAAGUCAGGGGGCAAGUUGACAAGGGGCCUGGUGAGGGCUUGAUCGAGCAAGAGAGGGUCGACCAGCUGGUGGCUCUGCUGGACUCGAAGGAGACUGAGAUGAACCGGGUCAAGAAGGAGUCAGCCGACUCAAGGCUGAGGAAGCAGCUGAAGGAGAAGGACGACGAGAUCAACAAACAGCGAGAAGCUCGUGCCAACGAUCAGGCGAAGAUGAGAGAGUACGAGGAGAGGAUUGCAGCCGCCGGUAUGCUGAUGGCGGAAGAGCAAGAGGGGAGGAGAGGAGAAUGGAAAGAGGAGGAUGAGCAGGAGCAGGAGCAGGAGCAGGAGCAGGAGCAGGAGAUGCCUUCUUAA